AGAGUAUUUUCUGACAAGGCUAUUGUGGAAAAAUGCUAUUCAUACAUGCAGCUUUUGGCUUACUGUCGGAGAAUGGACCGUUUGAAAGAAGCACUAAUCAACGGAAACCAAAACAGCCAGACUUCAAAAAAGCAAGGCAAUGUUGCCGAAGUAAGAGGAGGAGUAGAAGCCGGAGUGGUAGGGAAUUGUGAUAAAGCCGAAAAAAACAGUAAUAAUGGAGAUGAAACCCAAAAUAGUAAUAAUGCACCACUACGUGAGAUCGAAUACCUUCAACAAGGUGUCACCAAAAUGAAGGUGAUCGGAUCUCAAUCCACUGUGCUACACGUAUUUGAUGAUUGGAAAUAUGAAAUUACUUCAACGGAUCAAGAUAAACCUAAGUGUCUGAAAAUCACCUGGAACAGUGGCGAACCGUUUUACAUCCCGAAGAUAAUUGAAUAUGUCGAUGAUAAGCAAUAUGAAUUCGAUGCAUUCGCUCUGCUCAGAACGUUCAAAGUCGAAACACAAGCGUGGAUCUGUGAGAGCAGCACGAAUAACUUUGUGAAAAUUCAACAAAAUUUGACCGGGAUACUACCACUAAAUGCUAUCAUGUUCUCUGGCAGUGUUCAAUUCGAUCUCAUUAAUGAUUUGGGAGAGACUAAUUAUCCUGACAAUUUUGGGAAAUCGGCAUCGCUACAUGUUCAUGCUUUCAUUGAUUUGAAAACAAAGCAACUUGUUAAGUAUGUUGGAGGAGCUGAUUUAUUGAAUGUUCCCAGUGAGAAAGAGCUUAAAAGCUUGCCUGAAACUGUUCUGCAGUUCCGCUUCAAUGUUCAGGAGUAGUUACGUUUGUCGAUGAAUUGAUUUCAGUUGAAAAAAGACAGAAACUGAUUUUCAAUUUUCAGCUACCGUACAAUUUCUCGAUACCUCGAUACCUCGGUACUUGCACAGUUCGUCGUAGUUUAAAUUUGCACUACCAGGGUUUCACUACCAGUCUUGUAUUGUUUUUAUUAGUUAUAGUGAUAUUUGAGUGUUUUCUGCUAGAUUAGGUAAAUUUUCAAAAAUUGUAGUCUUAAAGAGUGUAGAAAACAUUAGUAAUAAAGUAGUUCUGAGUUCUGAC